AUGGCACCCGAUCCGAACAAGGCCGCCCACUACAUCAAGGCCCUCGACGAUGCUCGAUGCGAUGGCAACUGGAGCGCUGUUCCUGAGUUUGUCCGCAAGAUCAGAAAACAUGCGCCUGACCGAACCUGCUUGACUUUGGCUGCCGAAACAGAAUGCGCCAUCGCGAAAGCCACCGAUCCCUCGGGAGCUGGCCGACCCUCGACCGCCAUUACCUCGAAGGACCUCGACGCCGCAAAUGUGAUCACCAAGCUCCAGGCCGCUGUCGACGGAGAGACGAGGUUCCCCGAGGAUAGAUUCCAGGCUCAGAUCUGUACUGGCUUGUUACAUUGGGCGGUAGGGGAGUUCGACCAAGCCGUCGCUAAGCUGCCGCAGAACCUCGAACAGGAACUUGCGCAGCUCGACUCGAGCGACAAGCUCUCAGAAUGGACCAACAUCUGCGCGUUGAAGGCUGCAUUUAUCAAGGCCAACUGCCUAUCACGAAGCAAAGAGACGGCUGCAGCUCUGGUUGUGUUUGAUUCCGCACUGCCCUCCGUUUCUAUGCCCCCAGGUACCCGCAACAAUCACAAGCAGUUUAGAGUGUGGUCGGAGUUGUUUUUGACGGAAUACUGUAUACUGCAAAGCGAAGCUCUUCGUUCGAACGAAAGAUCGCUGGAGGAUCCUAACUCACUCGCCUGUUUCCGGUCGUGGGCGAAGUACUGGGAAUCGAUAUCAGGACCAGUAGUAGGAGGAUACGGGUAUAGGGGCUCAGUGCCAAGAAGACAGGUUUGGCUGGAGUAUUACCUGGCUCUUACGACUAUACUAGAGCUGGACCUACCCUACCCUACAGGUUUUCUUGGCAAUAUUGCGAACGAAAGCUCCGCCAGAAACCAGUUGAGAAUUGAGCUUAAGAAAGUCGAGGCCGCGUACGAGAGCCUUCUCAUUAGCGAAACUAGCUUCCCCCGAGCAGAUGAGACUAGAGAGGACGUCGAGUCAUUUGUUCGGGCAGUCGUGAAGAACUGGUCUAUUCUCUGUGGCCGUGGAUGGAAGGAACAAGACCUUGGCCAGGGUGGCCGAGAAAGUCUCAGCCGAGGCGUCCUCGACACCUUGUAUUCUGCAGCGACGAAGACCUACCACUCUACAGCCAUUCUCCGUUGUCUUUUCACGGUUCACCUGUCUGUGGCGGAAUUCGACCUCGCAUUUAAGGCUUUUGACUCGUACCUUGAUCUGGUGAGGCAUGGCAAGGCCAGAGUUGAUAAGACGGGCCAUCUUGAGGUCAACCUCGACGAUGACGGUACAGUACUCGAGACGAUGUCGCAAUGCAUAUUGGCGCUAUGCCGCUACGGAGGAAGAGAAGCCAUCGAAAAGGCCCGUGACAUCGGGAAUGAGCUCGAGGACUGGUUGGCAAGGCUGCCGCAGCUGAAAAACAGCAUCGAAAAUGAGAACACGGUUCCUGAAGAGGAUGACACGACUCCCCUUCACCCCAAGAUUCGGCCUCAUUUGAUUGCGCUUUCCUGGCAAGCGAUUGGCCUUUCUCAAGCCCAUUGGUCCAAAACCACGUUUGAUGCGGCUUCUCGAACUGAAAUCCAGGCAAGGGCAAUCAGGUGUCUGAGAAAAUCUCUGUCCCCAGAGCUGGGACGCACUAGAGACGUCCGCAGUCUAUUCGCCCUCGGUCUUCUUCUUGCUGAACGACGGGAUCUCACGCCUGCGAUCGAAAUUGUCAAGACGGCGUUGAUUUCCAACAAAUCCGCGGAUGAGGACGACAGCGUCUAUCACGUUUCGUAUUGGCAAGAACGAUCUCUUGUCCCCCUUUGGCAUCUCCUGGGUUUGCUCUUAAGUGCGAGACAAGACUACAACAUGGCAGCCAAGGCUUGUGACGGUGCUUAUGAGCAAUUCGGAAACCUCUCCGUUCUGUUUGGGAAGCAGGAUGUUCACUUCAAAAGUGAGCACCUUAACGAGGUUGAGGCUCAGGACGAGAAGGUUGUUAAUGAGCGUAGAGGAGUCGUAGAUGACAUGGAUGACGCUGAGAAAGAAAGCAUUCUCGAGGUAAAGAUGACUCAACUUGCACUCGUCGAGCUUCUUGAGGGCCCCGACGUCGCUGUCAAUUCCAGCCCCGAAUUACUUUCGCUCUUUACGCGACUUUUUGGCAACCUCGAAACAAAACCUACCAUGCAGCCGCCGAAGACUGUCGACACGAUGGUUCCAAAGAGCUCCGCUGGUACGUUGAGAAGUAUCAGGGGCAGCAUAUUUGGUUCUCAACGAACGAGGCGGGCAAGCACGGCUGACACUAUAACCUUGUCUCGGCCUCAGACUACCCAAACCUCUGCAAGCAUUGCGCCGACGAUUCAGGUAACCCAAGAGAACGGCUCGCCUACCGAAAAGCGAUCACGGAGACUUUCCAGCGUUACACGCCGGGGACGAAGCGAGUCGGGCAAGAGACACAGCCUGCGCAAGCGGGAUAGCACCGACGGCCUCAAGAGGGCAGCAAGUGUUGGUAGUGUAGGCACGAGCUUUCACUCGCCGACUGUCGUCGAUGGCGAAGUAUACUUUACUCCUGCUGACGAGUUACAACAAAACGAGUAUCCCCUCAGCAAUCGCCAGGCCUCAACAGCAUCCUCUAUUUCUCGCGGUCGAUCACUUCAUCAUCUGGAAUCAUACACUUCUCAGAAGUCAAGAUCGACCAACUUUUCAGAGAUUUCCGCCAGCGCAACCUACACCGUUUCAAACCCCUUACCAUUAAUACAUUUUUCCGAGGAUGUUCAGCGCAGACAAAGACUUUCUCUUCUUGUCAAAGUAUGGUUGAUGAUUGCAGGAUUCUACCGCCGGGCCAAUAUGUAUGAGGACAGCAAAGGGGCAAUUUCGGAGGCUCAGAAACUUGUGGGAAUACUUGAGGCUGAGGUGGCCAAGGAUACCACCGGUUCUCUAUCAUUGAAGGGUGGCGGUUGGACGGGAAAGAAGGGCGUCGACGAACUUUUGGGAGAUGUUUGGUCCGAGUUGGGAUACCUUUCAGUGGCCAAGGAAUCACCAUACCUUGCCAGGUCAGACUUUGAAAUGGCCCUCACCCAUUUCCCAGAUCAUCCCGCAGCCACCAUCGGCCUGUCCAACAUCCUGCUCGACAUCUACAGCGAGAAAGUCCUUCCUCCUCCAGCUAUACCCGCGCUUAGCGUGCCAGAGAACAUUUCAAGUCUAUCACUGCCAACUCCGAACCUACCUAAAGUAUCAGUUCCCCAGCAGGACCUCCCAUCAGAGCCCCUGGGCUUGGGGUCUAAGACGGCGGGCUCGGGCUUUAGCAAGCCCAGCGCACACCAGUCGGCAACCACUGCGUCAUCUGUCAAGUCAUUGGAUAAGCCAGAGUCGGAAGAGAAGCUCCCUGCGCCGUACAAGGCGACCUCUGUGCCCACGAUCGACCGCCUGGCCGCGCGUGAUCGCGCCUACGGCCUCCUGUCCGCACUUACAAAGCUUGGUGCCGCGUGGAACAACUCGGAAGCCUGGUUCGCGCUGGCCCGGGCUCAUGAGGAGAGUGGGCAAAUUGACAAGGCGAAGGAGGUACUUUGGUGGUGUGUCGAACUGGAGGAGCACAGGGGUGUUAGAGAGUGGCAAUGUCUUGGCAGCGGUGGUUAUGUGCUCUAA